CUAGACCAAACAUGAUAAAAUACCUCAUGAAAAUCACCAUCCCAAAAAGGUGCAAACUUGCUGUGAUAUGGAUCGUUGAAAACGCAAAAGUUAUGAUAUGUACCACUGGAAGUCCAAUGGGUUACAUGGGUUUUAGGCGGUAAAGCUUGAGCAUUUCUGCCGCCAAAAGCGACGGUGUCCCUUCUACCGGCGGCGCUCUUUUCGGCUUUUCCCCAUUUGGCAGAGAUGCUGGGUCAGGAAAUCUCCGUUCCCAAAUGUUCCGACCGGCGAAGCACAAAACGGAUAGGCCCUAACCUGGUAAACAGUCUUUGUAGUUUCUAAUCUUCUAUGUGUCGGACUUCGGAGGAAGUAGAAGCGUAGCACCUCCCUAAUCGGAGAAGAAGAUGGCCGAACCUUCUCCUUCCCCUCCACCGCCGGGUUCAACCACGAUUACAGACUUGAGCGUGGACUCGCUGGCUCACUGCGCCAAUUACCUCACUCUUCACGACCUUUCCAACUUCUCCAUCUCUUGCAAGUACCUUAAUGGCGUCGCCCACUCCGAUUCCGUGUGGCAACGCCUGUUCAGAGAGCAAUGGCCGCAUGUUGUAAGGCCCAAUUUGUCGGAUAACUCGCGAGUCAGGGAAGCUUAUUUGGCCAGGAAGGCUGCUGUGCGGCAGUUCAGGUUUGCCGAUCCUUUGGUUGCAGACUUCUAUACAGAGGCCAAACCUUUUGAUCAUAUCCUAUUGGAUGAGGACGACAUUAUCUAUUCUCAGGGUAAUGUCAUUCAAAUGAUGGGCAUAAGUAGUUUGCUAAGGGGCAGAGAUUCCAUAACUAGACUGAGUGAUCAUGGAGCUAGAAUCACUUGUAUGAGAGUGUUUUCACUUGACUUGCGAAGUGCGGCCCAAAGAAAGCAGAGAGUGUUGGUAACCUCAAGCUGUGACCAUUCUAUUCGUGUGUGGUGGAAGGGUUCUUGCCAAAGAUGUCUUAGAGGGCAUAAUGGGCCUGUUUCGUGCUUGACGGAUAGAUUUCUCGGCGAUGGCAGUUCAACAGUACUAGUCAGUGGUGGCGAAGAUUGCACGGUUCGCCUUUGGUCCCUAGGUUCAAGUGGAAAACGUGGACAACAUGCUUUAAAAGCUACUUUGUAUGGGCAUGAGAAACCUAUCAAACAGAUGUCAGUUGCAGAGCACAAUUCUUCCCUCUUGGUUAGCAUCUCAAAAGAUUCCAAGGUUAGGCUCUGGGAUACCACUACAUCAUCUGCUGCUCGUUCUUCCUGCUGUUUGGGGAUGGUUUCUGUGCCUGGUGGUGCACCUGUUGAUAUGAAGUGCAACGAAUCGUUGCUUUAUGUAGCCUCUGGAUCCUCUGUAGUGACAAUCGAUUUAAGGACCCUGCGGAAAGUUGCUACGCCAGCAAUCUGUCAACCAAACUUACUCUCAUUCGCCAUGGUGCCUUCAAAACCCUUGAUCUGCACUGGUGGAAUGGGCAAGAGCUUGAUUUGGGACAUCAGGAGAAACCAGGAGACGUUGAAACCACAACCAGUGGUUGAGCUAGAAGGACAUAAUGGUCCAGUAACAAAGCUACAUGCGGACCGAUACAAGAUUGUUACAGGAGGGCCACAUGAUAGAUUCAUACAUGUCUGGGAAGCUGGUACUGGAACACGAACGAAUUCCGUUGUCUGUUCGGACCAUGAGGACGCUGAAGAAACCAGCUCUGGGUGUUUGGGUAUGGCUGUUGACAGAGCUCGAAUUGCGACUGCUACAACGGGCGAAGGACAUGGACUCAUCCGGUACAGAGACUUCUUCGAUGCUACUUGCCCUGUAUCAAGAGUGGACGAUCAUGAUGAGAACUCUUCCAAGUUUUGGGAUCAACAAUCGUAUGGUGACAGCAGUGGAGAUGUUGAUGGAGCAGUACUCAAAUAGGUUGUGGACUUUUGGUUGUUCUUUUGGAGCAUACUUUAGUGUUUGUACGAGCUUGGUUCCUUAAAUCCUUUGCAGUCUGCUAGCAAGUUUGCUCAUCAUACUAAUUUGUGACAUUGUAAUUUGUAAGACCACAUUGGAGUUUCUAAUAUAUUCUUGAUUUAUAU